AUGAAGAACAUAAUCUUUGGGCUAAUCAUUCUACAAAGAGGAAGGAGGCUGACAUUGAGGUUAUUCCAGGAUAGCAGCUGCAUGAUGGCUCACACGUGGACAUGCACCUUAUUGCUUGGAGUCCUGUUUACUUUGGGCAUAGAAGCUUCUUUCUUGCACAUGGAAGACUUCAUAAAGGAGGUGAAGGAACUGGAAGUCGGAAACACUGAUCUGAAGCCUGUCCAUGUCCUGAGGGCCCUCCGCAGCGCAUCUGGCCUCACCGACCCUUUCAUCCAGCACUACCUCGGAAAACCCAAAUCUGUUUCUCCCAACUAUGUUAACGUUUCUGCGUACCUGACCUCUGCUCUCCACCACCACAUCACCGCCGACAAUCAAGAGCUCGGUGUAGUGUUGACUGCAGAUGGGACCACUGUGGCUCUUCGACCUCUUCUUCUGGGUAUAGAAGCUGGUUUCCUCCGUAGACUCCGGUGGGACGUUCCAAAUCGCCAUCCAAAUACUCCCGUAACAAAAAAAUCACCCCGAUAUGAAGAUCAAAGCCCUGAUGGUUGCUGGGACUCCCUCGCCAGCCCACGGACAUUCACUCUCACGCACAGGCCAACUUUACUCACCACUGCUCAGCUCAACGGAGGAAUGGACGGCGUCAUCUUGGCCCGAGAAGCAUUCAAAUCCAGAUCUCUUAAGCUCAGUGCUUUGCUGACAAUGUACUAUGGCCAGAAGCUGGAUCAAAGAGGUUUGGACGCGGCCCCAUGCAUCAUCAGUCAGCGGCGCAGAGACAACUUCCAACAGUUAUUGCAGAGCUCCGAGAGUGUCCUGGGUGUUCUGAGAAUGGAGGCGGUGGCUGUGGCUGAAAUAAACAAAAGAAUGAAGGGAAAGAGAGUCAUGAGACUGAAGGAAAAGAAGCAAAUGAUGUCUGCAAUGAACGGCAAGAUCAGAGAGUUAGUCCAGAAAUAUACAGACUGCCCUCCCAUAAUCCCACGCUGCAUGUGGGGUGCAGAGCCGUACAAGGGGACUCCCACCAACCUGUCUCUGCCUCUCAGCUUCCUGUACAUCCACCACACAGCUAUUCCCAGUCAGCCCUGCACCUCCUUCCAGCAGUGCUCUGUGGACAUGAGGGCCAUGCAACGCUUCCACCAAGAGGAGCGCGGCUGGGACGACAUCGGAUACAGUUUCGUCGCUGGCUCUGACGGUUACAUCUAUGAAGGUCGAGGCUGGCACUGGCAGGGAGCACACACUCUGGGGCACAACUCCAUAGGUUUUGGUGUGUCCUUCAUAGGCGACUACUCACAUGCUCUUCCCUCCACACACUCUAUGGAGCUGGUGCGGGAGAAGCUGGCCUUCUGUGGCGUGCAGGGCGGGCGUCUCGUGGACCGCUUUGUUGUGCAUGGCCACAGGCAGGUGGUGCUGCACACAUCCUGUCCUGGAGACGCUCUCUACAGUGAGAUCCAAACAUGGGAGCAUUUUGGGAAUGUGACAAAGCACCGAGCUGUGCUCUGCAUCAGCGGCUCUGACCACCGCCAUGGCCCGCAGAGCCUAGAGACCCUCCACAGUCUGCUACCGCCGCCAGGCCAAGUCAAAGGACCCCAGAGUGCACCAUGUAGACUGACUUCUUCCCUGUGGGUCACCAUACUGCUCUCUGGGAGGGACCAUGGAGCCUGA